AUGAAAUCAUGUUUGAUUGCAAAAAUUAUACGCCGUCAAUUACCAACGAAAUAUUUUUAUCGUAAUGCUGCAUACACAAUCCACCAUCAUAUGCACGACGUUGUCAUCAUUGGAUCUGGAGGAGCCGGUCUCAGAGUCGCUGUUGGCCUCGCUGAAGCCAAAUUCAGUGUAGCUUUGGUAUCCAAGCUGUUCCCGACACGUUCUCACACGACUGCAGCACAGGGAGGCAUGAACGCUGCCCUUGGAAGUAUGCAUCCGGACGAUUGGAAGUUUCAUUUUUAUGAUACGGUAAAGGGCUCAGAUUGGCUUGGUGAUCAGGAUUCAAUACACUUUUUGACGAAAAAUGCUCCAACAUGCGUUAUAGAGCUGGAGAACAUGGGCAUGCCGUUUUCAAGGACAAAGGAAGGAAAGAUUUACCAGAGAUCUUUUGGUGGCGGGACCAUAAACUUUGGAAAAAGUGUGGCCAAACGGACAUGUGCUGUUGCCGACCGUACUGGUCAUGCUUUACUUCACACUCUUUAUGGAUACUGUACCCAAUACAAGAAUAUCGAUCCAUUCUACGAGUUUUUUGUUCUGGACCUCCUUGUACAAAAUGGAGAAGUAGUUGGAUGUCUCGCCAUGGACAUGGAUGAUGGGAGUUUGCACCGGUUCCAAGCAAAGAACACAGUAAUAACCACUGGUGGCUACCCGAGGAUGUACUUCUCAUGUACUGCGGCUCACACUUGUACUGGUGACGGCACGGCGAUGGCUACCAGAGCUGGCAUCCCACUUCAAGACAUGGAGUUCAUCCAGUUUCAUCCAACUGGCAUGUAUGGGUCAGGCUGUUUGAUGACUGAAGGUUCCCGAGGAGAAGGUGGAUAUCUAGUGAACAGUGAAGGCAAACGGUUCAUGGAGAAAUAUGCUCCGAAAGCUAAAGAUUUGGCGAGCCGUGAUGUGGUGUCUAGAUCAAUGGCCACGGAGAUUCGUCAAGGUCGGGGAGUAGGACCAAAGAAAGAUCACGUAUACCUCCAGCUGCACCAUCUUCCUGCGGAGCUAAUAAGGGAGAAGUUACCCGGUAUCUCGGAGUCUGCAUUCACGUUCACAGGGGCUGAUGUGUAUACCCAACCUGUACCUGUUCUACCCACUGUGCAUUACACUAUGGGUGGUGUUCCUAUCAACUACAAAGGAGAGGUCUUAAUCUACCAAGGUGGCAAAGACUGCACAGUCCCAGGCCUUUACGCUGCCGGGGAAGUGGUCAGUAAUGCUCAUGGAGCCAACAGGCUGGGAGCUAAUUCCAUUUUAGAUAUCGUGGUAUUCGGAAAAUCAAUAGCUGAUACUAUAUCGCAAAACUUUAAGCCAGGCGAUAAACAAAUGACCCUGAAAGACAAUCUCUGUGAUUGUUCUCUGGAUAACUUAGAAAAAGUGAAAAACGCAAACGGCUGUGCUCCAGUCCAUGAACUAAGGGAAGCGAUGAGGCAGACCAUGCAGGCCAAAUGUGGAGUGUUCAGAGAGGCCAAACUAUUGGAUGAAGCUGAUGUGGAAAUUCAAAAAUGGUACAAGGCUUUUGAAGACAUCAGAGUGACUGAUAAGCGGACGAACUGGAACACUGACCUGAUAGAAACCUUGGAGUUGCAAAAUAUGCUCCAGUGUGCUGUGCAGGUGGUAGCUUGUGCUAAAAAUAGGAAGGAAAGCAGGGGAGCGCACUUUAGAGACGAUUUUCCUAAACGAAUAGAUGAAUUCGACUACAGUAAACCAACGGAGGGCCAGACAAAGAAGCCCUUUGAGGAACAUUGGAGGAAACAUUCGCUGUCUACGAUAGAUCUAAAUACAGGCAAAGUAAACAUUACGUUUAGGCCGGUUAUUGACAAGACUAUGAAUGACGAAGUCAAGUGGAUCCCUCCGGUUCCUAGAGUCUAUUGA